CGGCGGGCGUGUGGGGCGGGGCGGGGCGAGGCGGGGGCUCGGGACCCCCGAACAGGGCGGGAGCAGGGCCGGCGACUCCGGGACUCUCCACGGCCCGGCGCGCCAGGCCUCGGGCUAGCGAGCGGGCGCAGGUGGCCGGGACGCGGGACCCCGGGCGCCCCGCUGAGCCCCAGCGCCCCGGAGGCGGCGGCGCUGGGCGAGUCGGCUCCCGCAGCCCAAAGUCUCGCCUGCCGGCCGCGCAGUAGUGCGGGGCGUCGGGGCGCGGGGACAGGCAGCGUGGGUCCGCCGGCCGUGGCGACCCAACUCCGGCCCCGGCCCCGACCCCGGCCCCGGCCCCAGCCCCGACCGGCGUAAGUUGCGCCGGAGGCGGAGAGCCGGGCUCGCGGCCGGCGCGGGCCAUGCCGGCGGUCAAGAAGGAGCUCCCGGGCCGCGAGGACCUCGCCCUAGCCCUGGCCACCUUUCACCCGGCGCUGGCCGCCCUGCCGCUGCCGCCGCUGCCCGGCUACCUGGCGCCGCUGCCCGCCGCCGCCGCCCUGCCCCCGGCCGCCUCGCUGCCCGCCCCGGCCACCGGCUACGAGGCGCUGCUGGCCCCGCCGCUCCGCCCUCCGCGCGCCUACCUCAGCCUGCACGAGGCCGCCCCGCACCUCCACCUGCCCCGGGACCCGCUGGCCCUCGAGCGCCUGGCGGCCCCCGCGGCCGCGGCGCCGGACUUCCAGCCGCUGCUGGACAACGGCGAGCCCUGCAUCGAGGUCGAGUGCGGCGCGAACCGCGCGCUGCUCUACGUGCGCAAGCUGUGCCAGGGCAGCAAGGGCCCGUCCAUCCGCCACCGCGGCGAGUGGCUCACGCCCAACGAGUUCCAGUUCGUCAGCGGCCGAGAGACGGCCAAGGACUGGAAGCGCAGCAUCCGCCACAAAGGGAAAAGUCUGAAGACGCUUAUGUCCAAGGGGAUCCUGCAGGUGCACCCUCCGAUCUGCGACUGUCCCGGCUGCCGCAUCUCCUCCCCGGUGAACCGGGGACGGUUGGCAGACAAGAGAACGGUUGCCCUAACACCCACACGGGUCCUCAAGAAGGAACGGAACCCCAGCUUCUCCGCCAGCGAUGGUGACAGUGAUGGGAGUGGCCCAGCCUGUGGGCGGCGGCCAGGCUUGAAGCAGGAGGAUGACCCCCACAUUCAUAUCAUGAAGAGAAGAGUCCACACCCACUGGGACGUGAACAUCUCCUUCCGAGAAACCUCCUGCAGCCAGGACAGCCUUCCUGCCCUGCUAUCCAGCGUGCAUCGCAGCCGCCACCUCGUUAUGCCCGAGCACCAGAGCCGCUGUGAAUUCCAGAGAGGCAGUGUGGAGAUUGGCCUGGGACCCGCAGGUGACCUGUUGGGCAAGAGGCUGGGCCGCUCCCCGUACGCCAGCAGUGACUGCUCCGCGGAGAAGAAGGCCCGAAGCGAGUCCCCUCCAGAGGCCCUGCUGCUGCCGGACCUGGGGCCCAGUAUGGCCCCCGAGGACCACUACCGCCGGCUCGUGUCAGCCCUGAGUGAGGCUGGCGCCUGCGAGGACCCUCAGCGGCUGUACCACCUGGGCCUCCCCAGCCACGAUCUCCUGAGGGUUCGGCAGGAGGUGGCAGCUGCCGCGCUGAGGAGCCCCAGCGGCCUGGAAGUCCACCUGCCGUCAUCCCCAGCAGGCCAGCGCCGGAAGCAGGGCCUGGCCCAGCACCGCGACGGCGCUGCUCCAGCUGCUGCCCUGUCUUUCUCCGAGAGGGAGCUGUCGCAACCGCCCCCACUGCUGUCGCCCCAGAAUGCCCCUCACCUCGCCCUGGGCCCCCACAUCCGGCCUCCCUUCUUGGGGGUGCCCUCGGCUCUGUGCCAGACCCCAGGCUACGGCUUUCUGCCCCCCACCCAGGCCGAGGUGCUCGCCCGGCAGCAGGAGCUUCUGCGAAAGCAGAGCCUGGCCCGACUGGAGAUGUCUGCAGAACUGCUUCGCCACAAGGAGCUGGAGAGCACGCACCGGCCACAGCUGCUGGCGCCCGAGGCCACGCUGCGCGCCCCCGACAGCGCGGACGAGCUGCAGCGGCGCGGAGCCCUGCUGGUGCUGAAGCACAGCGCGGCGCCGCUGCUGGCCCUGCCGCCCCAAGGGCCCCCGGGCCCCGGCCCCCCAACCCCGCCCCGGGACCCGGCUCGCCGAGCACCCCGGAAGGCAGGUUCGGGCUCCGCUGAUCCCAGGCCCAGUGAGUCCAAAGACACCACAGGGUCCGGACUCUGGGCUCAAGAUGGGUCGGAGGAUGAGCCCCCAAAGGACUCCGAUGGAGAGGACCAGGAGGUGGCAGCCGCUGGAACCCAGGGCUCCACCCCAGGCCAAGCCCCAGGCGCAAGGAUUGGAGCGGAGAAGGGGCUUCUCUCAGGGUCCUCGCUGCCCCCUCCAUUACCCUUGGGCUUCCCCUACUUCCACACAGGCGCUGUGGGGGGGCUCUUCGCUGAUGGUGAGGCCACAGCCCCCGAGGACGUCAGCAAGUGGACGGUGGACGACGUGUGCAGCUUCGUGGGGGGCCUGUCUGGCUGCGGAGAGUACGCCAGGGUCUUCAAAGAACAAGGCAUAGACGGGGAGACCUUGCCACUGCUGACCGAGGAGCAUCUGCUGACCACCAUGGGGCUGAAGCUGGGGCCUGCCCUCAAAAUCCGGGCCCAGGUGGCCAGGCGCCUGGGCAGAGUCUUCUACAUGGCCAGCUUCCCCAUGGCCCUGCCGCUGCAGCCGCCAACCCUGCGGGGCCCCGAGCCGGAACUUGCCACAGGAGAGCAGCCUCUGUCCCCAGCAGCCACCUCCCCUUACGGGGGCACCCAGCCCUGCGCCAGCCGAGACUCACCCAGGCAGGAGAACGGCUCUGGGGCUUUGCUCCCUGGAGCCCCAGACCCCUCCCAGCCUCUGUGCUGAGCAGGGGGAGGUGGGGCCACUCAAACUCCCCAGCGCCAACCCCUUCCCCCACCUAUUUCUCCUGGUUUUGGACGAAAACACACAGAAUCUUUGAGAAGAAAGGAGCACGUUGCCGAACACUUUCUGUGGUGCCUGCAGAGCCUGGCGCUGAGGCCUGGCUGGGUCUGCAGAUGAACCAAAGACAGAGGUCGACCGGAGCAGGUGACGCCUCCCUCUGGAGCUGGCACUGUCCCCGGAGAUUCCCGACCUCAGGGUCAGCUUCCUCCACGAGGCUGAGGGGCAGCCGGCAGACUGCUCGGUGCUGGUCCCUUCCCCCAAGUCCCCACCGGGUCUGUACAGCGCUUGGCCCGCUUGGUCUGUUGUGCUAUGAAAAUAAAGCCCUGUGCACCCUGCGCA